AAAAUGAGUAAAGUUCCACAAAUUAAGUUGAAUAAUGGCGAGCUAAUGCCGGGGUUUGGAUUGGGCACUUACAAGAGCGUAGGAGGUGAUGGCAGACAAGCUAUCAAGGAUGCAAUUGAUUUGGGCUACAGACAAUUCGACACUGCGUUUUUCUACGAAAAUGAAGAUGAGGUAGGACAGGCUAUUAAAGAAAAAAUCGCUGAAGGUGUUAUAAAACGUGAAGACGCAUUUGUGGUUACAAAGUUGUGGAGCCAUUUUCAUGAUCCUGAUAAAGUGGAGCACGCUUGUCGCUUAUCGCUAGGCAAUCUUGGUCUAGACUACAUCGAUCUGUAUUUAAUGCAUUGGCCGUAUGGAUACGAAUAUGAAGGUGACAAAAUUAUGUUUCCAACCAAUGCUAAUGGAGAAAUUCGACUGAGCAAUGUCGACUACCUUGACACGUGGAAGGCUAUGGAAAAUCUGGUGUCACUCGGGCUCGUUAAAAGCAUUGGAGUUUCGAAUUUCAAUGAAAAACAAAUCGAUCGUUUGCUGAGUGCAGCAAAAAUUAAACCAGUCUGUAACCAGAUUGAAUACCAUCCUGGACUACAGCAAACUCAAUUGGUACAACAUUGCGUCAAUAAGGGCAUUGCGGUUACAGGAUAUUCACCAUUGGGCUGUCCCGACCCUUCAAGGGAUGUGCCUAAUUUUAUAACCAACGCAAAUGUGAAAGCCAUUGGCGCAAAGUAUAACAAAAGUUCCGCGCAGGUCAUUUUACGAUAUUUGGUGGAAAGCAAUGUGGUACCAAUACCCAAAUCUUCAAAAAAGCAUCGGCUUCUGGAAAAUAUCUCAAUAUUCGACUUUCAGUUGGAUGAAGAGGACCACAAAGCUCUGGCUGCACUUAAUAUAAACCAGCGAGUAUUCCCGAUGAGCCACGCAAGCAAGAGCCAAUAUUAUCCUUUUUAAAUGGUAAAGGUUAGUUUGCGCAGUUGUAUAUCACUAACUGAAAAGGAACUGAAUGAAAGAGAGAAAUCAUGGAAUUUUGUUUUAUUAAACACAAUUUCUUUAAU